GGAUGACGCCGUCGGGCUGACUCGGCUCGGCUCGAGACGCUCUCUCCGGCUGUAGAGUUAGCUUAGCUUAGCUGCCCGACUCUACUGGAGUUAAAACAAAAUCCAGCGCAAGAUGUCUAACGUCGUGCGGAAGUUCUUCGCCAGGCGGCGGUGAAGGCGACGCGCCCGAAAGCCGCACGUACCGUGAACGAUACGUUGCCCGGGGUCAGAAACUGCUGCACGUCUGAACAACGGAAAAGCGAAUUAGCGCCAGAACUAACCAAACUGCCACUGAGAACACAAACCUGUUGGGUUUUGUCUGGAUUUCCAACUACUCCGCCUUCCUCUGGAUUAUCAAGUUUUACCGUCUGUUUCUCCGGUCGACCUGGUGACUUCAGAUUUUGAUGGACCUAGAUAUCACUGAGUGACUAAAUACUUUUUUUCGAUCGAUGUAUUUGGUAGUUCAGGAAGCCUGUAUUAUGGCAUAAAGUUCACCACUCAGUACCACAUCAUGGAUCAUUUUUUGUACUGUUUUUCUUCCUGUGUUUUUUGGGCUAUAAAUUGGAUAAAGUUGUGGUGAUUCCCCCCCCCCCCCCCCACUAAUAUUUAAUUUUGUCAAGACAUGCUUCCGCUAACUUUGAUCUCCAUUUAUAGAUACAGAAGUUUUCUGCUUUUUCCCUGAAUUUCCACCAGUUUAGGACUUUGCAUUUAUAAAUAUUGCCUGGAAUGGUCUCUCUUAUCCAGCAUCCCCCUCUAACAUUUGAUCACAGCUCAGCACUAUCCAAGCAUAAGUACAUAUGUAACAUUUUUCUUUUGUGCAAAGUUUAAUUUUUUAUCUUGAAGCACAUCCUUUGCUAUACAAUUUGUGGGAAAGGAAAAGAGAGAGAUAAGCCAUUUUGAUUCACUGUUGGUUAUGUUGCUGCUGCGUUCACACUUGGAAAAAGCACAAAGCAGAUCCGCUCUGCCAACUAAAACACCUAAGACUGACUGGAACCUAUUGAGUUGGGAGAAAGUGCCUGCAUUCACUCAGUAAGUAAUUUUAAACAAAAGGAAACCUUUACUUCCAUGUUCGGGGCAUCUAAGUUCAGCAGCCCCUAGUUUGUCCUUCACCCUGAUUUUGUGCCAAUAGGUCCUCUGGCCACAUUGAUCUUGUCACCAAAAUAUUUUAUGGUUGCACAUAAACACUUGGAUAAACUUGAGCACUUUACCAAGAAAAUAAUCAGUACAUUUUCCCCCUUAUUAAUAAAAGAACUGCAAUCCAACACAACUUCUUGUACCUCCAAAUUCUGAAUACUUUUACCGAAACUUUCCCAGAGAGAUCAGCUUCAUCUUUUGAAGGCUUUUUUUUUUCGUUUGGACUUAUUUUGUCAAAUCCACUUGAGAGAAAACGGCUUCUCAAAAAGUCAGAUGUUAAAGUAGGCGAUUGGAGGGUUAAGUGGAAGGAGGACUGUUUGUACCUUGAUUAGUUCCAGACGCUGCUCUGUGUUGGGCUGAGAAGAGAAGAAGUGGGAGGCAACUGCUGGGUGUGUUGGGAUUUAUUUUAAUGGAAGGGUUCGACAGUGUGUUGCCUUGCGUCUGAGACUGGGUUCAGCGGACCUCUGGUGGUUGACUGACUGGUGCGUGCAGCUGUUUUGCUUUGCUUUUUGCUUGAGGUUUUUCAGAAUCAUCUCAGUUGAAGUUGCCAACUGUUAAUUGAUAGUCAUGGAGAUAAAGAUUGAUCAUAAUCAUUAGGCAGAUACAAAUUCAAUGUGCUGAACAUUUGCAACUUCAAUUCACUUGAACCCCUACAGGGUUGUUUAUCAGGGAUUUAAAAAUAUUUUUAUAUAAACGUCUUUUGUCUCUGAUUUCGGCCUGGGUGCCCGGUAUCGCCAUUUUCAGCCCUUGUGAUUUUGCACAAGUGGAUUGCUCGUUUGACAUUUCGUCACUUUCACCUGUCUGACAGCUGUCCUGCAGUGAUGAGCAACCCUGGCAGAAGAUGUUGCAGUGAAGAGAAAAGUCACAGCAUGCAAGUCACUGUGUAAUGCAUGACCAUUGAGGUCACAGUGAAUUCACAUCUGCACAAAUUUUAGUUGUGAUAUUUAAUCAAAUCCACAGCGAAAAACACGAACUUGAGCUAGAUUUUGCUUGCAGGAUUAUACGUGUUUUUUAUGGUUUUUAUUUCGACCUUUAAUUGAACCAAAAGCCAUGUUAUAAAUUUAACUUAUUUUUAUAUUGGUGUAUAAAUUUUAACUAUACUUUGCACAAAUCAAGCCCAGCUUUUCCCAUUACAACAUUCUUUUUGUCAGACUUUAAACAAGCUGGUAACUUUUUUUUUUUGGACAUAACCAGCUCUUCACUGGACUUUUUCUCUUCAAAUUAAAUCUAAAAACGGAAAGGAAACGUGACCUGGACUGAUAAAACCAAAGCAGCAUUUUUACACAGUGUGCCAUUAAUUUUUUCAAUUCUGUUUUUCCUUUUCUUUGACUGAUUUUGUCACUGUGAUUUAAAUUUUUAUUUUUUUUAUUUCACCCUGAAACAGCUCUGCAUUCCCUCUGGUGGUCUUUUACAGCUUGCACCCCCCCACCCCCCACCUCCACCCCUACCUUCCACCCCUCGAAAAUGCCCAGGCUUUGGUGUUCCCCUCGCGCUGCGAGGAGGCGGAGACUCCUUUUCUCUCCAUAACCCCCCCUGCUCACCCCCCCCCAGAGAUUUUAUUUUAGUCUGUUAUCCUGUUUCUCCCCCUCCCCUCCUGUUCAUCCCCAGCUGUUUCUUUUCUCCACCCCUUUUACUAGCCUCUGUUUUUGACCCCCACCCAAAUAUUCCCUCCUUUUUUUUUGUUUUCUUUGGACCUGGGUUUGUGUGCCCGCCCUGUUAGUGAUGCCCAGUGUUGAUAAAAGUGGGGGUGCCGGUGGACCCUCGUCAUCUCCCAAGUCCUCCCUGCCCCGCCAGCUACGGCCGAGCCGCUACAUCCCUGUGGCAGCAGCCACGGCCUUCCUGGUGGGGGCCACCACGCUCUUCUUCUGCUUCACAUGCCCCUGGCUUUCUGAGCAGUUCUCCGUGGCCAUACCCUUGUACAAUGGCGUGGUCUUCCUUUUUGUGCUCGCCAACUUCUGUAUGGCCACCUUCAUGGACCCCGGCAUAUUCCCCAGAGCGGAGGAAGACGAGGACAAGGAGGACGACUUUCGCGCCCCGCUCUACAAGACGGUGGAGAUCCGUGGCAUCCAGGUGCGGAUGAAGUGGUGCUCCACCUGCCGCUUCUACCGGCCGCCCCGCUGCUCCCACUGCUCCGUGUGCGACAACUGUGUGGAGGACUUCGACCAUCACUGCCCCUGGGUCAACAACUGUAUCGGGAGACGGAACUACCGCUACUUCUUCCUGUUCCUGCUCUCCCUGACCGCCCACAUCAUGGCCGUCUUUGGCUUCGGCCUGCUCUUCAUCCUGUACCACACGAAGCAGCUGGACCGCGUGCACUCCGCCGUCACCAUGGCUGUCAUGUGUGUUGCUGGCCUCUUCUUCAUCCCAGUAGCCGGCCUUACUGGCUUCCACAUAGUACUGGUGGCCCGGGGCCGAACGACUAAUGAGCAGGUGACGGGAAAGUUCAGGGGGGGCGUGAACCCCUUCACCAAUGGCUGCUGGAGGAACAUCUCGCACGUCCUCUGUAGCUCUCAGGCGCCCAGAUACAUGGGCCGGUGGAGGAGGGAGCAAACUGUGGUGGUCCAGCCGCCAUUCCUCAGGCCGAAGCUGGCGCUGAACAAUGGCGUCGAUGGCCACAGCACCCGGUCAAAGAGCAGUCUGGAUGCAAUGGAGAGCCAGUCGGCUGACGCCGAGGCUCCUCCCCCUCCUAAGCCUGAGCUUAGAUACCCAGGUCACCCCAGGGGACAGAUGUCCAUGGGGAACACAGAGGAGAGCAGUCUCCUGGGCGACGCCCCUCCCACGCCCACCAUGUACAAGUACAGGCCAUCCUACAGCAGCCCGGGGAAGAACCACACCGCGCUCACACACUCCGGCAAGAUGAAUCGAGGGGACAGUCUGCAGGAGCCCUCGUCUAUCCUGCAGUCGAGCCAGCAGCCCAGCUACCGCUCGGAGCCCAGUCUGGACGGGAGGGCGGGGCACCGGGAACGGGGCGACAGGGAGAGGGGUGGCGGAGGCUCUGGGGGGAUGAGCAGCGUUCCUAGCUCUGCCAUGUCGGGCUACUCCUUGGGGGGGCGCUCCUACCCGUCUUUCACGGACCCCAUGGUGCUGUCGGGCGGGGCGUCGCGCUCCUCCAGCCUGCGCUCCACCCACACAGCCCACAAUGCACUGGGCACGCUGCACUCCGAGGGCACCACCUCCACGAGCUACAAAAGCCUGGCUAACCAGACGCCCCGCAACGGGAGCCUCUCAUACGAUAGCCUGCUGACCCCGUCCGAGAGCCCGGAGUUUGAGUCCGCGGCCCCGGAGCUGUCUCCGCCAAGCGCCCCCCCACAGAUGCUGGGCUAUAGCUCACCCUUCCUGUCGGCUCAGCAGCGCGAGUCCGAGCUACACCAGGCCUCUGCCGCCCUUCUCUCUUCCCCCCAGAAGCACUACGCUCGUGCCUCCAGCCCCCCCUCCGCCGAGAGGGAGCACUUACUGCUGGACUCCCACCAGCCACCACAGCCUUCGCACCACCCCCGCCCCCCCCGCUUCUCCCGCACCCCGCUCCUGUCUGACCCGCCGCCGCCACCUAUCUCCUGUCGCACUCGCUCCUUGGGAUCCCCGGAUGCUCCGCAGGCCCCCGCUUCUCCAUCAGCCCCCCCUGUCAGCCCUUCACACCCCCCCAUAGGCAAGUCGCUCUCCUACACUAGUGCCGGCAUUGAGCUGCAGUACCGCUCGCGACCUCCGGAGGGCAGCGCUGCUGCGUGUCAGGAGGGGCCGCUCCCCAGGGGCAGGAAGGCCUCUGGGGGGGUCACCGGCAGCGGUAGUGGGAUUCAGGCUCCAAAGGACGAGAUUCAGAUGAAGUCUUUUAGUCGGUCAAAUGGACACCCCAGAUCUGCUCACCCUCAUCUUCCACCUCCUCCUCAUUCAGUCAGCUCCUCCGCCAGACCAGGACCAGCCAAUCACAGUGCUUCUCCUCCACUUAGCCCCGCCCACAAACAGGGGGGAGGAGUGAAGAAGGUGACUGGCGUUGGCGGGACCACCUAUGAGAUUUCGGUAUAAGUCAAAGACGGCCUUGUGAACAGUUUGCAAGAGAAAUGGAUUUACUCUGGAAUUGAGGAAAAUCAGCUUCGCCUUGCAACAGUGGAACCUUUUGAACAAGUAAAGGUGGAAUCGUGGGCAGUGAGCUACCCUGCCGUUUUCACGUUUUAAAAAUCCUGUGGUUCACAGACAUUUACAAGUUCGUUUGCUAAAACUUUUUGAGAACCACCUUGAUUUUGCAUAUUGAGGCGGAGACCUGAGGAUCAGUGACCAAUGGUUAAAGGACACUCAGCCGGUGACUGGAAGCCGCAAUUUUAUUUUUUAUUUUUUUUGAGAUAGCUGGUAUUUCACAGAGAAAUAUUGAAUAUAUACAUACAUUUUAUUAUGAAGCUAUAUUAGUCAUUCUUAUGUAAUCUCUGCACGGGUAAGGACGUAACUUUGCUCUCGACCAAGUGGCAGUACAGACGUAGCUAAUGCGUCCUCAACGCGGGAUCCGCUCACUACUGUCGUCGCCUUGAGACCAUUUACUGCCAUCUGAACCACUGACUCGACUUCAGCAGAGACGUGGAGCAGUGACACAAAGACGAUGGAAGACUUUUUUUUUUUUUGCUGACCUGAGAAGUUUCUUUAGAUUCCACAGAAAUUUUUUUAAUUCCCCCCUUUUCAUUUUGUUUAUCAUAAAUGAACACCGCAGGGGUCUCGGCCAAUCGAGUUGGUCGGAGACAUACCAGGCAGGUCAUGGGUCAUGUAGCGAGUUGUCAGUGGGUCGCUUGUUUCCGUCAGUUGUUGCAUCAGUCAGACUCGAAUGGAUUUAUUACCCAAAGAUGGCUGGAUGAUCAGGGGCUUUUCUCCAAUAUUGCGGGUUAAGCCAUAUAGAAAUACUGCAGCCACAGUAACUUUUUGCGGAGAAUAAUGUUGAAAUCAAGGAUUAUUGUAUGCAAGUUGUCUCUUGUAGCGUAAAAUUCAUGUAUUUGGUGUUUGCGACGUUUUCGCUCGGCAUUAGCCAGAAUUUCUUUUUUCUGUCUUUAAGGAUGGAUCGAUGGCUGAUCAGGAAGAAAAUCGGCAGAAAUGAGUAGGCAAGUUAUCUUGUAAGAACUAUACCAGGCCAUUUCUGUUGAUGCUUUAAAUCUGGCACUAGGUAUCGCAACUUAACAAGAAACCAAAAAGUAACCGUUUUUUUUUUUUAAUUCUGAUGGGUUAAAGUUUUAAGGUUUUGCCGGUCGUCCUUGUCAUCGGCAGUUAGGAUUUCCCCGUUAUUGACGGAAGCUUGAUAUUUGCAAGAUGCACAGCAGCCUGUUGCCCGAGUGAAUGUUUCAUGGGUAUGACAACCAACCAAACUGGUUAAUGGCUUUGUAGAGGUUAAAGGGCAGCACACAUGCAGGUGUUUUCAUAAAGAGAUGUGAAUGAUAGCGAGUGAGUGAGGAAGACAUUGUGGCUGAGCAACACAAUAAAUCCUUGGAAAUAAACACAAUUGCAUAAUCUCUGCAAUGUUUCAAUUUCUCGGGUCAUUUGAUUGCAAGGAAGCUAAACUCAUUGACACAUUACCACAAUACUUAUCAAAUGUAUACAUUGUUUCAAACUAAUUUAUCUUGUCACAUAUAUACCUUGUCUUUCCACAAUAUUACCUUAUGUUUUACAUAUAGCCACUCAACGGUUCACGUUUCAAAGAGAACACUUCUGUUAGGUUUUUUUUUUUUUAAAUGGCACCCAAUUCUGCAUCAGAUAUGACCUGUUUUUAGCAGCCCUGAUAAUUUGUGUGUGUGUGUGUUUAUACACAGUGGGUUACAUGUCACUUAUUGUACUAUAAGCACUUGUCGGUUUUGCAAGCCUGUCUAAGCCAAAGAUGCGUGCUGGAUUCCACAAACCGAAGGGAUCCCUCGUUUUCCACCACUGCAGACUCACGUGUACGUGGGUUGUCAUCUACAUGACACCGUACACAGGUAGAAAGAGUGAGCCGGUACGGGAUCGGCCUUUGGGCCAGGGAUGCGCGCGAUGGAACUGUUGACAUUUCAGGGAAUGUCUGGCCAAAAUGUCUAUUUUAUUUUAAACAUUCGGAACAGUCUUUGGAGGUGCUCCAAGUAAAUGACCGAAACAAGUUGCCUUAAAGAGUGUAUUAAAGAUUAUUAAUAAAGUCUCUACAUGACCAA